ACGCUUGCGCGGCGAGUAGAACGUGUGGUGGCGGCGGCGGCCGCGUCUCCUCUUUCGCUCGGAGUCCAGCUGCUGCUCAGCGCUUCCGUCCCAUCCAUCGCCUGCAGCCGGUCGCCAGCCCGUCCCUCGCCUCAGCGGCCUCUCACCAACAGCUCCACUCACGUUGACACCUCCAAGCCGGCCAGUCGCCCCAUUCGUUGCCUUUGCAUCUCCACACAUGGCGUCCUCUGCACAGAGCGGCGGCUCCUCCGGGGGACCCGCGGUCCCCACCGUGCAGCGGGGCAUCGUCAAGAUGGUCCUUUCAGGGUGUGCCAUCAUUGUCCGAGGACAGCCUCGUGGUGGGCCUCCUCCUGAGAGGCAGAUCAACCUCAGCAACAUUCGCGCUGGAAAUCUUGCCCGCCGGGCGGCUGCCACACAGCCUGAUGCAAAGGAUACGCCUGAUGAGCCCUGGGCAUUUCCUGCUCGAGAGUUCCUUCGGAAGAAGCUGAUUGGGAAGGAAGUCUGUUUCACGAUAGAAAACAAGACUCCCCAGGGGCGAGAAUAUGGCAUGAUCUAUCUUGGAAAAGAUACCAAUGGGGAAAACAUUGCAGAGUCACUGGUUGCAGAGGGCUUAGCCACCCGGAGAGAAGGCAUGAGAACGAAUAAUCCUGAGCAGAACCGGCUUUCGGAAUGUGAGGAGCAAGCAAAGGCAGCUAAGAAAGGGAUGUGGAGUGAAGGGAACGGUUCACACACUAUCCGGGACCUCAAGUAUACCAUUGAGAACCCAAGGCACUUUGUGGACUCCCACCACCAGAAGCCUGUCAAUGCUAUCAUCGAGCACGUGCGGGACGGCAGUGUGGUCAGGGCCCUGCUCCUCCCAGAUUACUACCUGGUUACAGUCAUGCUGUCAGGGAUCAAGUGCCCAACUUUUCGACGGGAAGCAGAUGGCAGUGAGACACCAGAGCCUUUUGCUGCAGAAGCCAAAUUUUUCACCGAGUCGCGACUGCUUCAGAGAGAUGUUCAGAUCAUUCUAGAGAGCUGCCACAACCAGAACAUUCUGGGUACCAUCCUUCAUCCAAAUGGCAACAUCACAGAACUCCUCCUGAAGGAAGGUUUUGCGCGCUGUGUGGAUUGGUCAAUUGCAGUUUACACACGGGGUGCAGAAAAGCUGAGGGCAGCUGAGAGGUUUGCCAAGGAGCGCAGGCUGAGAAUAUGGAGAGACUAUGUGGCUCCAACUGCUAAUUUGGACCAAAAAGACAAGCAGUUUGUUGCCAAGGUGAGUCAUUCUCAGCAUCUUGAUAUGCAUAGUGGACAUUGCAAG